AUGAGAGAAGAGAGAAGGGAGAGAAACAAGCUCAGAAUCGAUGAGCUCAAUAAAGCAAAAUCAAAAGAGGAAGAUGCUUUGAGAAAUCAUAAUGUGGGAUGCAUAGAUAUAGAGAGGAAAGCCCUUCUCAAGCUCAAACAAGGCCUCACAAAUCCUUCCAACCGGCUUUCAUCUCAGGUGGGAGAAGAUUGCUGCAAAUGGAGUGGUGUAGGCUGCAACAACAUAACUGGACGUAUCAACAGGCUCGAUCUUCCCAAUCGCUCUUCAGAUGGGUUGGAUUAUUCCGGAGCAAUAGUGUCUGCAUUUGGAUUUGGUGGUGAGAUCAACCCUUCUUUGCUUGUUUUGAAAUAUUUGAUUUACUUGGAUUUGAGCAUGAAUAACUUUGGAGGUGUCCAACUUCCAAGUUUCAUUGGAUCGCUAGAGAAACUGAAAUACCUCGAUCUCUCUAGUGCUUCUUUUGGUGGAAUCAUUCCCCCCAAUCUUGGAAACCUCUCAGGGUUGCUUUAUCUUGAUCUUAGUAAUAACAUUGUUGAACCAAUUGGGAAUGACCUUCGUUGGCUUGCAACUCUUUCUUCCUUAAAGUACCUUAUCUUGGAAGGAGUGAACCCUGCUAAGACUACAUCUUAUUGGUUUCCCACUAUUAAUAUGCUCCCUUCACUUGUUGAAUUGCAUUUGCCCUUUUGUGGACCUUCCAUCCUUCCUCUCACUCUUCCAUCUAUCAAUUUCACAUCCCUUUUGGUUCUUGAUCUCUCCAGCAACUAUUUCAACUCCACGAUACCUCCUUGGUUGUUCAAUCUAACUGAGCUAGAGAUGUUGGAUUUGACGGAUAACAGUCUGACAGGAGAACUGCCUGAUUCUUUGGGAUAUCUUAAAAGCUUGAGAUACCUCCACUUGUCGGAUAACUCAUUUCAGGGUUCAAUCCCAAAAUCGAUUGGAAACUUGACAUCUUUGGAGGAGUUUUACCUUGGAUGGAAUCAAAUAAGUGGGAUCAUCCCAGAAAGUCUUUGGGAUCUCUCAUCGCUGGUUUCACUUGAUAUUUAUGGCAACACAUGGGAAGGUGCCAUUACAGAAGCUCAUUUUACGAAACUUAGAGGCCUGAGAAAAGUAUCAAUUGGAAAUAAUUCCCCAAACAUUUCCUUGGUUUUCAACAUAAGCUUUGAUUGGAUACCUCCUUUCAAAUUAAGAUUCUUGUACAUUAGGUCAUGCCAACUGGGUCCCAAAUUUCCUACAUGGCUCAUAAAUCAGACUAAGUUGACCAAGAUGGUACUCCGUAACGCUGGGAUUUCAGACACCAUACCAGAUUGGUUUUGGCAGUUGGAUUUGCAAUUAGAUAAUCUAGAUGUCGCUAAUAAUCAAUUAAGCGGUGCCCAAUUCAUUAAGAUUCAGCUAUUCUUCCAUUGUUGA